AACAACACACAAGCCUAAAACCCCCUAUAUAUAUUCCCACAUUCACCACUUCUCACUCAAACAAAUUCACCACCUUCCUUCUUCCCUUGAACAAUGUCUGGGGUUUGGGUGUUCAAGAACGGUGUGGUUCGACUCGUGGAGAACACCGGGGAUUACCACAGCAAGAAAGUGCUAGUCCACGUGCCCUCGAACGAGGUGAUAGCAUCAUAUGCUAUGUUGGAGAGGAAAUUAAUGGAUCUUGGAUGGGAGAGGUACUAUGAUGAUCCUGAUCUUCUGCAGUUUCACAAGAGAUCAACGGUUCAUCUCAUCUCUCUCCCCAAAGAUUUCAACAAGUUCAAGUCCAUACACAUGUACGACAUUGUCGUCAAGAAUCGAAAUGAGUUUGAAGUUAGAGAUGUUUAGUGAUCAUGCACCUAAGUAAUUUCUAGGGUUUGUUUUUGUGUGUUUAAAUUUGUGUGUGUGAUUUAGGGAUGUUUCCCAAGGUUAGAUUUUAAAUUUAUCUUUGUUUUUGUGUGAAAAAUGGAUCCAAUAUUUGUAUUGUGGAAUCUCUGGUUGAUUUGGGUUGA